CCUUCCCUUCUUCUCCCCCAUCCUUGUCUCUCUAUUUCCCUCUGCAACUCCAGGUACUAAAAUCGCAAAAAGGGUUAAAAAAUAGAUCACUACCGUCAUCUUCUUUGCCGAUCGAGUUCAUCCGUAGCUUGCUAGAUUCAUCCAAGCUUUCACCAUUCCCUUCCAAGUUCUCCAUCUCCCUCUUUUCGGCUGCUCAAAAUAAAGCUCUUCUUCAUUUAAGUCCAAAGGAAAGGAUCGAAUGGGCGUGCAUGCAUUGCACCACCACUGUUCCUCUUAAUUACUUCCCCUCUCCUCUCUCACUUUUCCUUACAAAAAGAAGAAAGAAAGAAAAAGAGAAGAAACACAAGGCCACCCGCCACGCCCACCGUCACUACUAGUUCAACUUCAUUCUUCUCCCAGCGUCACUAUCGUCAUCAUCAUCGUUUCCAAUCUCCAUGUCGCGGUAACCAAAUCCAUGAUGGGAAGCUUUUAGACCCAACUGAUUCUGAGGUAAUAAUGAUAAUAAUCUCCGUGUGUGCUUAUUUCUCUUUUGUUUCUCUGUUUGUUUGCUAGUGCCCAAAAAAAAGAAAAAAAAAAAGCAGAAGAACAAGAAGAAGAGAGGAAAGGUGAGCGUGUCUCAGUAUCUAAUGGCGUUAUUUGCUUCUUUGGACUUUUGAUCAGUAAAGUUGAAAUUAGCAGCAGGACUACCGCAAAAACUGCCCAAUCGCAGUAUAAAGUUUGAAUAGAAAGAGAAAGAAGAAGCUAGGUAGAAGAAGAAAAUGGCACCAGCACCCGCAGCAGCAAGCAACUGGCUCUCGUUCUCUCUCUCUCCCAUGGAGAUGCUGAGGUCAUCCUCUUCCUCCUCCACCGCCGAUUCUCAGUACCUCACCUACGAAGCCGCCGCCGCCGUCGCUUCCUCCAAUCCUUCCCCUCACUACUUCCUCGACAGCUACUACUCUCACGGUUGGGGGAAUACGAAGGAAGCACAAACAGCUACAACCAUGGCGGAAACUGCUCUUCUCACGAGCUUCAUGGAGCAGCAAUCAGGCGGCGGCCAACACCACCACCACCACCAACCUCCGCCGCCGAAGCUGGAGGACUUCCUUGGCGGCGACUCGUCCGGGUCCAUGGUUCGCUACUCGGAACACAGCCAGACGGAAACUCAGGACUCGUCCUCCUUGACUCACAUCUACGACAACGGCGGCGGAGGCGCCGCCUCGUACUUCAACAACGAGCACCAAGAUCUGAAAGCGAUUGCCGCCGGCUACCAGGGCGCCUUCUCCUCCAACUCCGGCGGAUCCGAGGUCGACGACCAGAUUGGGGGCGGUGGCGGUGGGGCCGAGUUCAUGGCGGCGGGCGGUGGUCACUCGAUUGAGUCGGCGGCGGGCAACGAGUUGGGGUUCUCGACUCGCAGCAGCAACGGGUUAUCCCUUGGGGUUGCGAAUAAUAAUAGCAAUAAUCAUCAUCAUAAUAUUCCGAUCAACUCUUCUCCGCCUCCCGCUGACAAAUCCGUGGCGGUGCUCGCCGUGGUCGAAUCCGAUUGCUCGAAGAAGCUCGGCGAUACUUUCGGCCAGCGGACUUCCAUUUACCGAGGCGUCACGAGGCAUAGAUGGACAGGUAGAUAUGAAGCGCAUCUAUGGGAUAACAGCUGUAGGAGAGAAGGUCAAGCCAGAAAAGGACGUCAAGUGUACUUAGGUGGAUAUGAUAAAGAAGAUAAAGCAGCUAGAGCUUAUGAUUUGGCUGCCCUCAAGUACUGGGGCCCCACCGCGACGACCAACUUCCCUGUGUCUAAUUAUAACAAGGAACUGGAAGAGAUGAAGUAUGUAUCAAAACAGGAGUUCAUUGCCUCGUUGAGAAGGAAAAGUAGUGGAUUCUCCAGGGGGGCUUCCAUAUACAGGGGUGUUACAAGGCAUCACCAGCAAGGUCGUUGGCAAGCAAGGAUUGGACGUGUUGCUGGGAACAAAGACUUGUACCUCGGCACAUUUGCCACUGAAGAGGAAGCAGCAGAGGCAUACGACAUAGCAGCCAUAAAAUUCAGGGGCUUGAAUGCAGUGACAAACUUCGAGAUGAAUCGCUACGACGUGGAAGCGAUCAUGAAGAGUGCCCUUCCGAUUGGUGGAGCAGCAAAGCGACUAAAAAUCUCUCUGGAUGCCGAGCAGAAACCAACGCUGAUGAGCCAUGAUCAGCAACUACAACAGCAGCAGCAGCAACAACAGUGCAACAGCAAUAGCAUCAGUUUCGGUUCGGUUCAGCAACCGCUUUCAACAAUCCCUUGUGGUAUCCCCUUCGACGCAACAACUGCCUACUACCACCAUCACCACAACUUCUUCCAGCACAUGUCCAGUGGUGGCAGCAACCCCGGUGGAGGAGACUCCUCUGGUUCGGCCUCGAACAUGGAGAAUUCGAUGAGCUCCAUAUUGCCACAGACAACAGACUUCUUCCUGUGGCCUCAUCAGCCUUACUAAUUUCUUAGAGAAAAAGAGAGGUUUUGCUGACUUGGGAACCUGCUAACAGUAGUGAGCUUUAAGAAAAGCAUUGUUCUUCCCCUCUGAAUAGAAGUUCAUCUCAACAAUCUGACCCGAGACCGUGGGACUCUUUCUGACCCGUAAAAGUAUGUAGGUUGCGGUUGAAUUAUGCCGGAUUAGGAGCAGGAAAAAUGGUGGUGUUAAAGUAGGUUUAAGUUCCUUUCUGUUUUUCUUCCUUUUCAGUUUUCAGUAGUCUAGAAAGCGAUGUUCAGUAAGCAAGCUUGGUGGUGGUGGUGGGAAUUUUGUAAGUAGCAUCAUGUAGUUGAAUGAUGGGUUUCUCGGGCAAUGGCAUCCUUUUCCAGAACUUUAAGCGGAUUUUGUUUAUUUCUUCAGAGUAUCUUGAAUAUUCCUUCAAGUUUUCAGUGGCCUUUUUUUUUUCAUUUUGUUCAUUGCAAUUAUUCUGUUGUGUAUCCAAGUUCCAAGACUGGGUGUGGAGACUUGGUCAAUGAACAGAGAGCAGAGUA